UUCUCCAAGGCGCGCCUGCCUUCAGACCCACAUACAGCAGCAGGAGCAGCAGGAGGAGGAGGAGGAGGGAGACUUUCACCAUCUCCAUCCCCAGGAGCACCUUGCUCCCUCUGCUCUCUAGGAUCUGUCUGUACCCAGCUGGAGGAGCGAGGCGGGGAGGGGGAGGGGAAGAGCUGUGCAAAGACAGCCCAACCAGGGCCACUAACUUAGCCCAACUUUUUUUACCAGCUCCAAUUUAGCCCCGGAUCUUGUCACUUCUGCCAGCGGUGGAGCACAGUUCGGGAUUAGACACUCGCCUUCCCUGCUCCCAGAUCCUCCUCCCCAGUGGCCACCAUGGGAAGUAAGACUCUGCCGGCCCCAGUGCCCAUUCACCCCUCCCUGCAGCUCACUAACUACUCCUUCCUUCAGGCUUUCAACGGGCUGCCCGCGGUGCCCUCGGACCACCUGCCCAACCUGUAUGGCUUCAGCGCCCUGCACGCCGUUCACCUGCACCAGUGGACAUUGGGUUACCCAGCCAUGCAUUUGCCUCGCUCUUCCUUCUCCAAGGUGCCGGGGGUGUCCAGCUUGGUGGAUGCCAGGUUCCAGCUGCCUGCCUUCCCUUUGUUCCCACACGUCAUCCAGCCCAAGCAAGAAGCCACCAGCGUGCCCCUCAAAACCAAACCCCGGUUUGAUUUUGCCAACCUAGCUGUGGCCGCCACUCAAGAGGAUCACUCUAAACUGGGCCAGGUGGAGGGCCAGAGCUCGCCUCCAGGGCUCGGCUCCUUGCUCGAGGUAACUAAGCUCUCCCCAGAGAAGAAACCCACCAGGGGGAGGUUACCUUCCAAAACCAAGAAAGAAUUUGUCUGCAAAUUCUGUGGCAGACACUUCACCAAGUCCUAUAACCUUUUGAUUCACGAAAGAACCCAUACCGAUGAAAGGCCUUACACGUGUGACAUUUGCCACAAAGCCUUCCGAAGGCAAGAUCAUCUGCGAGAUCACAGGUAUAUUCAUUCUAAAGAAAAGCCUUUUAAGUGUCAAGAAUGUGGGAAAGGCUUUUGCCAGUCCAGAACUCUAGCCGUCCACAAGACACUGCACACGCAAGUAAAGGAGCUUAAACCUUCCAAACUUAAAUGCUGAAACCUCCAACACCCAUGAACUAAAUCCCCCUUCAGACUUUGUACCAAUUUCAGAGCAGACACAAAAACCCCCAGGAUGGGAGCACUGAACUUUUUUUUUUAAUUAAAAGGUUCCCAGAUCCUGGCUUAAAAUAUUGUUUUGCCUUUGAAACACAUAUUAAUAAUAUGGAGCGUGCAAGAGAACUGGUUGUCUUGUGUGGCUUUGAUAAACUUUAUGCCAAAAGGUGGUGCUCACGUAUUGGACAGGAAUCUUCAUUUUUUUAAAGCAAAAGCGUAGCUUCCAAAGGUAUUACUUUUUACAUUUUUUAUUUUAUACUUUUUUUGACUGUAUAAAGCUUCUUACUUAAACACUUCAGGAAACAAAAAAUUCCAGAAGACAAUUAAGAACUGAAACGUUGGCUUCUUGUUACAGCACCAUUGAGACCAGGAGAACAACUUACAGACUUGUUUGUUUCUGUUGUUGUUUUCUUUUUAAAAAGAAAUGUUCCAAAGUGACCUAAAUCUCAAGUGAAGUCUGCUAUGCACUAAAAGCCUCAUAUAGAGCUUAGAGCUGCAGCAUCAACACUAAGUGAAGAUCUUGUUUUUGUUUUGUGGUCUAGUGCCUUGGGAGGUGGUUUGUAAUUUGUGGACUUAUUUAAAAACACUCAAAGGAAAGAAUAAUGGCAAUAAAUCAAACUGAUGCUAUGCACAACAUGGUUUUAGUGGUACUUUAAAGUCUAUGUGUCCUGAUGAGAGAGUGGGCAGGAUAAAUCUCAACCUGAGAAUUUUAAAGGCUGGCUUUCUGAACAGUGUAUUCAAAAAAUUAAAACUAAGAGACAUUCCAAUAUGUUUUGUUUAUUAAAAAAGUUGUAUGGCUAUUUGGCACUUUAUGCUGAUUAUUGGUAAUUGACAUUUAUCACUGGAUUGUGUUUUUUAAGUAUUAAAAUAAAUUGU